UGUGGUGAGAGCAGGCUGCUAGCCGAUUGGUUGACACUAAGCUACGUUAAUAUGGGCCGUGAGAAAAUAUGAACAAGGCUGAGUCAACAACCAAUCACAGCAAAGUUAACGUGGCAAAAUAUGAUUCGCAGAUAGAGAACUCUAUUUGUCAAGGAAUCCCGAAACAACCAAUCAGAAGCCUGCGUUUGUCUGCCUAACUUCUGAUAAACAACCAAUCAGAUGACUGCGCUUGUCUAUAAUAAUGUAUGUGAAAUAUGUAUAAAUACGUGUUGAUUUUCAUAAUAAAACGAUCUGUUGCCUGGCCCUUGUCUUCUGUUGUUACAUUUGGUGUCGCUGCCUACCGACAAAUGGAAAGCCUAUGCCCUGCUGUUUUUGAUGGAGACAUAUGGAUCUUCGGGCAGGACUUCAAGGCUUCUGCGCAGUUGAGUGGCGUUCAAGAUCUGUCAGCGAUGGAGCUGCUACUUGGGACGCUGCUGGGAGGUCGGGUGAAAGCAGCAUAUGAAAGUGUGAGCCGAAGUAUGGACGAAUGUUCGACAGGGUCAGGCAAACAGUUUCCAAAGUGGGAAGGACCAUAUAUGGUCACUUCGAGAUGGGGUUACGCAGACACAGUCGCAAUGGCGAACAAUAAGAGGCGCGUGAACGUCAGCGAGCUCCAGAAAUGGAUACAGCGAGACAAGCCAACGAUGACGCCUGCACCAAGUAGAUCAAGCCGACUUCAGUCGCACGUAUUUGACGGGGGGACGAGUGUGGUGAGAGCAGGCUGCUAGCCGAUUGGUUGACACUAAGCUACGUUAAUAUGGGCCGUGAGAAAAUAUGAACAAGGCUGAGUCAACAACCAAUCACAGCAAAGUUAACGUGGCAAAAUAUGAUUCGCAGAUAGAGAACUCUAUUUGUCAAGGAAUCCCGAAACAACCAAUCAGAAGCCUGCGUUUGUCUGCCUAACUUCUGAUA